AUGUCGCUCGGUCACCACGCCUGGCCCCCAGGCAAUAUUCGCCCUCCGGAUGAGCACCAGGACUCCCCGCGGCCUGUCAAUGGCUUGGUCAAAACUCUAUCUGGCUCGCGAACCCCUCAAACACGCGGCUCUAUCAGCGCCGACGGUCCAAACCCUGGUAGUAUGACAUCGGACCCUGAUAUCGCGGCCGAGGAGGACCCGCGCGUUGCCCAAUUUCGCGAGUUGUACCGCAUCAGCGAAGCGAAAAUUAGCGCGCUCUUCUCAGAGGGCCAUGCCGAGGAAGAUGUGGCCGGCGCCGCCAUCGCGGACUCCGACCAGCCUGGGAGUCAACCUGAACGCGUCGAUGCGCCGGCACCCCCUUCGAAGGCACCCACCAAGCCUGCCCGCAAACUCGACGACGACUACGAUGACUACGACGAUGACGAUGAAGACGCGGAUAUGCCUGAUUCGACGGAGUCCCCUCUAAAAGCAAAGUCCAUCCCACCGUCGCAAGAUACCACCGUCGCCGCGCUUUCGUCGCAACGUCCUGGCACCGCUGCUUCUACCAAUGUUGACGGGACAAAAGAACAGAAGAAAGAGACGGCGGAGGAUAUUCGCAAGAAGCUUGAAGAGGAUAAAAAAGCUACCGAGGAAGCUGUCAAGCAUAGCUUCCAUACCAUGUUCUACACUCUUGAGGAUGACCGCUACGCGAUGUUGGACCAACAGCGGCUCGAGGAGUCUGAACGCCAGGUUGAAGCCGAGAUCGCUGGUCAAAAUAGUGGUGCGAACAAUACCUCUGGCGGUUCCAGUGGUCAUGGUACACUCAGCCAGACGAACCUUGGCGCCUCUAGCCUGACAUUGAAGAAUCUACUCGCUCGGAUCGAUCAGAAGCGCGACAUGGUGGAGGCAUCAGAUGCCGAGCUUCGCAACCUGAUUCGUGAGGUCCGCAAAAACCGCAGCAAGUGGUAUAAUGAGGAACGAAUCGGCCAGGAGGAGCUUUAUGAUGCCGCGGAGAAGGUUCUUAACGAACUCAAGGCCAUGACCGAGAACUCGGGACCAUUUUUGAAUAAAGUUAACAAGCGCGAUGUGCCUGAUUAUCACCUGAUUAUUCGGCACCCAAUGGACCUUGGAACGAUGACCAAGAAGCUCAAGGCCUUUAGCUACCGGUCGAAGCAAGAUUUUGUGGAUGACAUCAAUCUAAUUUGGGCGAACUGUCUCAAGUACAACACUGAUCCAAAUCAUCCCUUGCGCAGAAAGGCCGUUAUUAUGCGCAAAGAAACAGACAAGCUUGUGCCUUUGAUUCCGGACAUCGUUGUUAGGGACCGAGCCGAAGUCGAAGCUGAAGAACGUCGUCAGCAACUUGCUGACCUCGAGGAUGGAGGCGAGGAAAGCGAUGACGAACCCAUCAUGUCUUCUCGAGGACGAAAGGCUCCCGGCAAAACCUCCCAGAAGGGCACGGCUCCUUCUCGUAGCACCCCUAGUGGCUCUGAAGGCCCCGCCGGUGCAUCUUCCAGUCAGCCGCCAGGUGCCGUCCGGGCCGAUUCAAAUACUGCUAUGGAAGCGAGCCAGAACGGCUUCUCAACUCCUCCUCCCGGCUCUAAUACACCCUCUGAUCCAACUGGCGCUGGCGCAGGUGGUGCAGCUAGCCAGUUGGGUGACGCAAUGGAAAUUGAUGGCCCGACAACCGACAUAACCGCUCUAAGUGCCCUGUCGGCGCCCGGUCUUGAAGUCGAAGACCCCGAGUACAAAGUUUGGAAGCAGGUCACCAAGAAAGAUCGAGCUCUGAUCGCCGCUGAGAGACAUCGCCUCUUCAAGGGCGACAAGCUCAAUGCUGAUGAGCCAGCUUUGCUUCGAACCAAGGCUGGCAUGCGCCGUUGGCUUCGCCACGAGAAGCAAGCUGCUAAUGAGGGCGAGAAGACUCAGGACGCUGGUUCCCAGGCGAUGGAGCCUGAAGCUGCUGGUGCAUCGCUUGCAGAGGGCAUCGAGGUUGAGGAAGAUAAGAUGAUUCCUUAUUACUACGACGUCAUGCACGGCGUUCCGGAUCUCCCAUCUCGCCUUGCCUGGAAGGAAGAUGCCGAGGGAAACAUUGUGGACACUUCUGAGGAGUUCCUCCGGGUUCUUCGUGCGGGAAGUUUCACGCAGCCCGAUAGCAAACUGUCACGCAAGAUGGAUUCCAACAUGCGGCAGAUGCAGGAUACGCGCAAGAUUUGUUCGAAGAUUGGAAUCGUGAAGCAGAUGCAGCUUCAAGCUCAGAUGUACGCGAACCAAUUCCAAAAGUACAAUCCUGAGCCCUUUGUCGAACAGGACAUCCCAUCUCACGUCAUGAACGACAACGGCCCUGUCAUGACGACAGGAGUAUGCCGUGCCGCGCUGCAGCGAUCGGUCGCCAAGAUUUUUUAUCAUGCUGGCUUCGAGGAGUACCAGCCCUCGGCCAUCGACGUCGCAACUGAUAUGGCCGCUGACUACUUCCACAAGAUUGGACAGACCAUCAAGUCCUAUAUGGAGACUCCAAAGGUCCCCGUCACCGAGACGGAGGAUGCAUCGUCGUCUUCCGAGUGGAAGUCUGCAUACAGUGAACCCGAAGUCGUCCUUCACACUCUUUCUGCCGUGGGUAUGGAUAUCGAGGAGCUGGAGCUUUAUAUCAAGGAUGACGUUGAACGACUGGGAACUAAGCUCACGUCUGCUCAUGAUCGCCUGAAGUAUCUCUUCACUGAGCUUCUGCGCCCGGCUCUCACGGAUGUUGGCGAGGACGGUUCCAAGGCCUUUGCCGAUGGUAGCGACCAGUUUGUUACCGGAACCUUUGCGGAUGACAUCAAUGACGAUUUCCUUGGUUUCAAGGAACUCGGUCUGGAUGUCGAGUUUGGUAUUGCCUUCAACAGCGUGCCGCUACACUUGCUGCCGAGCCGCAUGUUCAACGCAGCACAAGCGCAGAACACCACGGCGAUUCAGACUGAGGACUCCUUCCCACCGCCCCCUCCCUACGCUCGAAUCACCACUGAGAACGUCGCGAACCAGAUCGGGCUGGUCCAGCAAUUCCUCAAGGGCAAGCUGGAUGCCAACAGCGACGAGCCGCUUGUGGAAGACCUGGAGCUGCCUCUGAAGCAGCGACCCAUGCCUGCGAAGACCCGUCUGCCCGCAUCUGGCAAGAUCCCUCCCCCGGCUGGUGUCUCUGGAAGCAACUCUAGCCCGCAGAAACGCCCUGCACCCCCCAACGCCGCCAUCGCCAAGGCCGGCCCGUCCGAGCCGAGCAAGAAAAAGGCGAAGAAGAACAGUGGCGUGGCGCUCGAGAUGCCGAGCUUCAACGAAGGCGACGCGGACCAGAUGGAUGCUGGCGAUUCGAAAGAUCUUAUUUCGGAUCUGAAGGCCAUGGACGACGCCAACUUGGCCGACGGUGAAGCCAGCGCCACCCAGCAAGAUCAAGCGAGUGUUCCCAUGACCAAUGGAACUACUGCUUGA